AUGAUACCAUCACCAAUUAUCUAUCUUACUAGCAUAAUCUUAAUGCUAAAUGACCCGUUGCAUAUUUACACUAUGAAGCGGUCUAACACGACGUCGAUGACUUCUUUCACUCUUCCAGAUCUCCAUAAACAGGCAGCUGCUAUCUUCGAUUUUACUAGCGAUGGAGACUCAAUUCGGGUCACGGUCCCUAUAAACAGCACCUGGAAUUACUGGGAACAUUGGCUUAACCCGCAUUCCUUCAUCUGUGACGAGGUUACGUCCGUAUCUGGCCGCGGUUUCGUCGAAAUCUACUAUUUUGAUGACCCUUCUUCUUCUCGGGGACUGCAUCUUCGGAGCGGAGAAAGUAUGUCGUUUGGUCCACGUUCUUCGUCUACUUGGCGUCGUGCAUAUUCUACUCGUGAUCAAGAGGAUUUUGUAGCCAACUUAAAGGGAGACCGAUCGUUCCACCGGAAUGUUUGCAGUGCUAUCAUCGACCGAGACCGCAUGGCUUUCCUCUCUUCGACGCCAAUCUUGCUACGCCAAAUGUUAGCUUUUCUAGGUCUAUUUCAAUUUUCACGUCCAUUCCGUGAAUGUAUACUUGACCUAAUGCUUGCGAUUCAGUUGAGAGCAAUUUUCUAUGCUAAUGGUUUUUGGAUACAUCAUCCCACAAUUCCGUUCUUUUGGUGGUGGGAAUGGCGACAAAUAUGGGGAGAACCCCGCGUACCGGAAUGGGCAUAUGAGUUUAGGUGGAAAAUGCUGAAAGUAAUCACGUAUACUGUUCAGGGAAUAUGUUACUGGGUUGGAAGGCUAUUCCUCGGGAUGAAGGGCAGCUACCCGGAGUAUACCCCCUAG